CCUGUAACCGUUGAGAUUGUCAAUUGUGUACCGACUAACACUACUUUACUAUUCGUUCAGGUAGCCUACUUCAUAUCUGAGUUGAAAUCCGCUGGAGAUGAUUCACUUGGAGAUGCCACGCCAGCGCCUUCUCUUUCAUCCCCGGCUGUUCCCUCACCAUGGUCAAGCCCUCGUAAAGUAGAAAGUCCUCAUCCUGUCAGAGACGAAUAUCAGUGUUGUAAAACAGUGGUGUUACCUGGGGCAUCUUGUUUGUUCGUCACGUUCGAUCCAAGGUGUGCCACACAAUACGAAUAUGAUAAGGUGAUUCUGUAUGCCGGCAAGACAACCACUGGUCGUAAAGUAGCGGAGUAUGGUGGUAACUCGUUCGGUGUGGGUAGUAGAGGAGUGAUACGAUUAGGUUGGCCCAAGGAACCUGUCAAGGUGGAGGGUGACGCAGUGACCAUCUCCUUUCAGUUGAAGAGUACACGAGAGCGUAACACUCCUGACAAUGCUGUGUGGGGAUUUAGCUGCAUUAUUAGCACCAAGGAGCACGAUGAAAAAUCUUCCAAGCUACCGUUCUUUGACGACUUGUGCCUUGGCCUCUCUGUGCUCACCCACAGCUUGCUGAACGUUAGGUACCAGGGUCCUCCAAGUACUGAGGCAGAAGAUGCCUGUCACCAUCUGCUCGAUUCGAAGCUACUGCAAAGGUGUGUUUGGCCGACUACUGCCGAGGGAGCGUCGGGAACUUCCGGGAUUACCAUUACUGUUGAGUCAGAAAAGGGUUCCACUACAAGUCUUGACAGUAUCGUGUCCAAACCGAGCUCGAAACUUUCUCCUGAACUUUUAAAACGUCUUAGAGGUGCAGCAGGCGUACCAGCCCCCACCCUCCGUCCCAGUCUGCGUCAAGCCCUCCAGUCUGACGCCAUCGAGGAAGUGGUGCUGCGGUGUGUCAUCAACCACCUGAGGCUCACCAAGACUGUGCAUGGACUGGAGCUUCUCCAGGCGACGGAGACAGAGGGCGAGGAGUACAGGCACCUGUGUGGCGUGAUGAAAGAUGUGUUCAGUCGACUGAAUGGUCUGAUCAGACAGCUUCAGAACAUGGCGGAGAUGGAACAGAAGUGGGCUCACGAGCUGGAUGAUGUGCGUGAAGGAAUCCUACAGCCGAGUGCUGCCUUCUUCAAUGACUUCCACUUACAAGAGGCUAAGAGCAAGGAACUAGAGUUGCUGUGCUCUCUGAAAAAUGUUGAGUUCGAUCCAAUCGAGCAGGAACAGUCUGUGGGCAAACUCAUACAACGUUUGGAAACUGAAGCGAAGACAGAACGCCAAGACAUUGAAAACACAUUGGACGUGAUGCCAGUGACCAAGAAGUUUCUGUUUUCAGUCAUGGAGUGUGCGGAGUUGCUGUGUAAUGUGACAAUCGAGUCCAGUGGAAAUAAAGUCGCUCCUGAGAGGAGUAUCUCGCACUGCAGCUUUGUACCUGAUCAUGGACAGCAAUCACAACAGUCCACCUCCUUGAAUCAGCUUCAUACUCCUUCCUCGCCGCUCCUCAGUCGCUCACUAUCAGCGCCGUCCACUCUGGACCAGUCGACUACAGUUCAAGAAGGCAUACAUGACGUGCGCAGGUUACAACGCUGGAGAACGAAUGUUCAAAAGAAGCACAGUCGAUGUUCUGCUGAAGAUCAGACGGACUGUAAUGUGAAUGUGAGGACUUAUGUUUCAACUGUGGCCGAGAUUUUCACUUUUAUUGGCAGUGAUCCCGAUAAAGCUGUAAGUAGGGAGCCAAGGUUGUGUUCUUUGAUAGGCUGCAUCUUCCUGUUUUGAAACUAAAAUUUUGAGAAUGGGACAAUUAAGUCGAGUGUUGGACUUAGGGUAGACAAUUGUUCAUCAUAUAUAUGCUAUUGUCAGCGAACGUUUUGAGGAGAACUAGACUGCUCGCGUGGGUCAAAUUUACCUUUCGUAUCGUCUUUUUUCAUUUGAAUUUUAUUAUGGUUAAAUGCAAAAAAUGGCAAACUCUCGGAAUGUGAAGGUAAGCCCAUAGUCGGACAGACAGAUUGGCUUAGAGAAAAAAGUAGAGGUAUGUCUAACAUUUACUAGAAGCGUGGUUAUUUUUUACGGGCUAACAAGUAAAAUGAACGACUUUGCUUUUGUGUGUUUUUUCAGGUGGGAGUGGUUGAUGACUGACAGUGUAUGUCCUAUU